UUUAGCUUCCUCAGUGAUAUGUAGGAUUCUUAGACAUGUGGCGGCAGAUUUUCAUAGGCCUACUGAUUUUCACGUUUUUUGGUAUUAAUAAAGUGCAGUCCUUCUCUUCUGCCGUUGUAAAUUCACUCGAUUCUCCUGAAGUUAACGCGACAGUUACCAACAAGGAACACAUAAGAGUCAGCUGGAGGCGAGAGGGACCGUGGAACAAUGCGAGAACCUUCUACGUCGACUUCGAAGCUGGUGGGGAAAGGCCUACUGGGAGUCCCUGUACAGGCCAGCUCAUUCCAUGCAAUACGGACGUUUGUACUCUGAACAGCAAGGAGCGAUGUCCCGCUUUUGGUCUCUGUCGGGAUGUGACCGUCGUCGUAAGAGGUCAGGGCUAUGAUUCUGAGGGAGUAUCCGUCCGGACAGAUGGCUACAUACCCGCCUUCGUCAGCGUAGACUCGAACCACGGAACGCUCAAUGUGUCCUGGUUCGGGCCGCCAGCAAACGGAGACGGGGACUGCUACGGCGGCUCUGUGCUCACCGUCUUCACGCCCUGGACGGAAUACAGCGCCGCCUUCCCCGGAACCCUCAGCCGCUACGAGCACACGCAGGCUCUGACGGCGUGCGACGUCGGGAGGGUCACGGCGUCCCUGCGGUCUUCCGAUCUCAUGGGGAACGGCGGCGAGGUGACGGACAGCACGGAAUACUUGGGGGAAAAUGCAUCUCCCGUUGUCGGCGACCUGAAAUCCACACCAGAACAUAGAGGCGUCUUUGUACAAUGGGAGCUGCUUGGGAAGUGCUCAAGGGUGAAGUCCUUUCACCUGGCUUGGACGCCUCCAGACGCCGGGGGAGAAGUAAAAGUAUCAGACACAUUUGCCAACAUAACGGGCUUGUCUCCCUGCCAGCAAUAUCUACUCAGGGUGCAGCCGCUGGAGGGCCUAGAAGCCUUGGGAGGGCAAGAGAGUGAAAUACUGUUCACAGAAUCUGAAGUUCCAGAAGCACCAACCAACGUGACAGUACUGACAGUGGAUGGCAUGCCAGACCGCCUCAAAGUCACCUGGAUGCAGCCUCCUUCGCCCGGUCCCCUAUGCCCCAUCACCAACAACAUCAUCAGCUGGUCAAGAGUCGACACAGGUGGCUCAGCUGGCGAGGUCGAAAUCGCUGCCGGUUGGACACAUGUCAUCACCGGACUGGACCCUUGUGCCCAAUACAGGGUCGCUGUCAGAGCUAUCACUGAAGAGGGGUAUGGAGACCAAACUGAAGAUUCUGGUAUUACGGGAAUGAUAGUUCCACAAGCAUCAGACAACGUGACAGUAGUGACAGUGGAUGACAUGCCAGACCGCCUCAAAGUCACCUGGAUGCAGCCUCCUUCGCCCGGUCCCCUAUGCCCCAUCACCAACAACAUCAUCAGCUGGUCAAGAGUCGACACAGGUGGCUCAGCUGGCGAGGUCGAAAUCGCUGCCGGUUGGACACAUGUCAUCACCGGACUGGACCCUUGUGCCCAAUACAGGGUCGCUGUCAGAGCUGUUAACAAGGAGGGGCAUGGAGACCAAACUGAAGAUACUGGAAAUACUGGAAUGAUAGCACCACAAGCUCCGUCCAGCAUAACAGUACUGAUGGUGGAGAACGAGCCAAACCAUCUAGGUGUGACCUGGACCCAGCCUGCACCUCCUGGGCCCGUGUGUCCCAUUACGAACAACAGUGUUCGCUGGUUUCAAAAUGAGACAGGGGAAACAGUUGGCCAGGUUGAAAUUAUUGCUAGCACAGCGUAUUUCAUAACUGGCCUCAAAGCCUACACAAAUUAUACGAUAUAUGUGGCUUCUAAAACAGAGGGAGGCUUUAGUCCAGAGAGGAGUGCAUAUAACACCACUGAUCAAGACGUUCCCGGACCUCCAAUAAUAUCUUCCCUGGAUGUCGUAACUCCUUCGUCCCUGCUGGUUACUUGGGAACGACCACCUCAGCCCAAUGGCAUCAUCACGAGGUACAAGACUGAAUGGAGAUAUGAAAAUCAAAAUUAUUCAGCAUAUGUGAAUGGCAACGAAAGUAAUUACGAAAUAACAGGUUUAACAGCUUGUGUGUUUCACGAAAUAAGUGUUAUGGCCGAGACAAUUAAAGGUUUUGGAGUAAGAAGCUGCGACAAUACAUCAAUGGCAGUAGUCCCAGAAGCCCCAGGGCAAGUUGAUGCUGUCAUGGUGGCCAACAUGUCAGACCAACUUUGGGUAACAUGGAGCCAGCCCGAUCCAUAUGGAAACUGCACCAUUAUUAACAACAAAGUCACGUGGAUAUGGCAGAACCAGGGGGAAGAUAAGCAAAAUGAUGCGACCAUACCAAGCGCCUCCAAUUAUACCAUCAGCGGCCUGAAACCUUACACUAUGUACACUGUAUGCGUUGCAGCUGAGACAGAGGGAGGCUUCGGUCCCCAUGGAGAGUGUGACAAUGUUUACACCGAGGAAGACACCCCUGGUCCUCCUGAAGUGACCGACAUAGUGCAGUCGUCCAACGGCAUCUACCUGGCGUGGCAAACACCUGAUGAACCCAAUGGAAUAAUACUGCGCUAUAACCUGAGUUGGAUCAAUAUGGGCGAGGGCAGUGACAAUGGCUCCGUGAUUUUGCCAGCUGACCAAACGAGCUAUGAGAUCACGGGCCUACAGAGUGGUUCUGUGUACUGUGUACUGAUAUUGGCAAAGACUUCCGCCGGCUGGGGCACGGUCUCGGAAGAAAAGAUUUCAACCAAGGAGGUCACGACGUGGAUCUACUUCCUGCCAGGCGUCGUCUUGGCCGUGCCUCUCAUCGCCAUGUUGGCAAUGUUUGUUAUGCGGAGAAUGAGAAGGAACACAAGUUAUUACGACUUCUCUUUCAACAAUGAGGGAUUUAUAUUAGACAAAGGCUCAACUGAUGACAACCAAGCGAUGGAAGGCGAGGACAGUCAGGAAAGGUACUCUGCCGUGGACCAUGACGACUCCACAGUCAGCGAAUUUGGUCCAGAAAGGAACGUCAUAAGCAGUAAUAACGUUUCUGGGGAAUCUGGAGAUAUCGAUCAACAUGACGGCUAUGUGUCCCUUAAAAUAGAUGAAGUUAUUGCUGAAAAUGUUCAUGAAGAUCAAGAUGAAGGCCCAGUCGACACCGAAUCGAGUUUGGAUAGAAAUAGGAUUGAUAACCUUGGAGGAUCUGAAGAUGUGUUACAAGUUGAAGUUGAGGAAAGCGAUACUACGGACAGACAUAAUGAAGCGGAAAAUGACCAUACAUCAUUUGGCGAGGACCAUGAAGAAGUCACAGCUGCCAGCGUGUCAAGUUCGGAGGGGAGCAUCUUAAGCACAAAAAAUGUUUCUAGGGAAUCUGGAGAUCAUAUUCAUCCUAUUGUGCUUGAGAGUUCCAGUGGAGAUAGUGAAGUAGAAUCAAAUAAUAGCAAGUGCGGGCCCUUAUCUAAGCCACAAGGAGAAAUCAUGGAAAAUGAUUUGUCAUAUCUUGUGGCACACAAUGCUAUCGCAAUGACUGAGGGUAAAGAAAUAUUGGAAGCGAAGAACAUGGGCCUCAUGCACAAGGCGGCAAGAAACGGGCGUGCUGACGAGGUGCUUAAACUGUCAGAAAAAGGCGAAGAUCUCUCUGCUUUAACCAGUGCCACCAAGAACACCCCACUUCACUAUGCAGCCUAUGAAGGACAUACCGAAGUUGUAGAAUUACUACUGCAUAAGCAAUGUGACCCGAAUCCCUCUAAUGCUACUGGUGACACUCCUCUUCAUCUUGCUGCAAUAAAUGGAAAGAUCGAUGUUGUGAAAAUAUUUUCUAACUGGGAAGGAGUUGAUGUAAAUAAUUCAAGUGCAACAAAUAAAACACUUCUUGCAUAUGCAAGACAUGGAGGGAAAAAGCCUAUGUUAGAUGUUCUUAAGAACCCGGAAACUAUUUCACCCAAGGGCAAUACACCCCUCCACUGUGCAUCACUGGCGGGCCAUACAGAAAUUGUCAAGUUGCUGCUAAUGAAAAAAGCAGACGUUAAAAGGGAAACGCCUACCCACCACACAGCUUUGCAUUAUGCUGCUCUCACAGGUGACGCUGUUUUGGUCAAAGUGUUGAUCCUUCAUGGAGCCGAUCCCAAUGCUAAAGACGAGCGAAGUACCACACCUCUUCAUUAUGCCGCUCUUUGCGGACACACUUCGGUAGUCGAGCUGCUGGUGGAAGAGAGAGCAGACAUAAACAUUCGGACAGACAUGGGACUCUCAGUCCUUCACAAGGCUUCCUUCUAUGGAAGGCUGUCCACUGUCCAGAAACUUGUUGAACUAGAAAAAACUCUUGUCAACACACUUGACAAGGAGAAAUUGAGUGCAGAAGACACAGCUCUCAUCCGCGGCCAUGUUCACACAGCCUGGUGGCUCAACAAGAAUGCACAUCGAGCUUCUUUCCAAGAUCAGAAGCACUUAAUGAAUAUUUGCAUGAGACAAUACAAGAAGAGCGGAGACUUCUACCACGCUUACUGCAGAGAGAAGAACGCGAGCGCGGAAGCCUUGGCCACUGCCGUUGACUUCGGCGUCUGCGACAUGCACUACCAGGACGAGCGGGGCCGGACGCUGCUCCACGUGGCGGCGGAGCAGGGCGACCGACCCAAAAUCGGGGUCCUGCUGGAGCGCGGCGCCCUGCCCACCGCCCGCACCCACGACGGCAAGACGCCCUCGGACCUCGCCCGGGAGAAGGGCCACCUGGAGGCUGCAAAGGCGAUUGCAGACGAGGUCAAAGUUGAAGAAACGGAUUGCGAAAAGAACAAGCUUUAUAUUCGCCUGCUGAAUCUGAUAUCGGAAGCAGCAAAAUAUGACGUACAAGGAGAUAACGAGGAACAGGCCGCCCGCCUGGCAGCCGUGAAGGAGGCCUCCUCACUGCUAGCGUCCGGUGCCCCUUUGGAGCCCCCGGAAGGACACUCCUGCUACCCGCUGCACCUUGCCAUUGCAACCAAUUGCACUCCUCUGUUGCCACUUCUACUAGCUGCUGGAGCGCCAAUGACGUCGUCUUCUGAUGGCUUUGGUCCAGUGCAGUUGGCAUGGAUGACCCCAGAUGUCACAACAUGGGUUGGAGUCGUUGUUACAAGGGCUGUGAUCCACAAGAUUCUGAUGGAAAUGUCGCUCCUGGAUGCCGACUUGCAGCUUUUCGCAGAAUAUUUAGUGAAUUCCUUGGAAGGAAAGAAACCUUGGGAUGCAAAGGUCAGCAUACCAGAAAACUCUGCAAUAACACUAGACAGUCUGCUGUUCCGAGCCUGUGCCAAUGGAGCAACCACAUUCGCUUGGUGGAUCUGGCACAGCGGCGGCAGUGCCGUGUCCCAGAAUAAGGACAAAAGAACACCCCUACACGCGGCCCUUGACUCGGGACACCUCGACACAGCUAUCUCCCUCGUCCUCCACAUGGGGGCAAACCUCUUCCUGCGGGACAACAAGGGGCGGGCCCCCAUCAACCUCAUACCAGAUGAGGUUUCAAGACGGCAAGUUUUGAAGGCUUCUUUGGGGAGAGAAUAUCAACGUCUGGCUGAUGAAUCGGAAAAAGCGAGAGAGCCUGCCCAGAAACAGGAAGUAAAACAGUUUAUCUUACUUCUCCUUUCACUGUAUUCAGAAGAUAUGGAUACUCAUAAUGGAACACUUUGUUGGAAGGCAGUCUUCGGGUGGCUUAAUGAUGAAUUAUCUGAAAGUAAAGAUUCAGAUGACGUUACCUACAACGACCGUUUGGAAUUCAUUAUUGAAAAGCGGGCCAAACAUUCUGCAUCUAAUGUAGUAAUGAGUAAUAGAGAAAGAAAUAUGCCACUGAACACGUUUAGUAAAAUCAUAGAGAAAGCAUUGGUUCUGAGUUGUGAAAAGGAGUUUCCACUGUUUCUCCAUCUCCUGGUGCAAGUGGGAGGCCAGAAGGUCGAUCAAGAACUGGAAGUGUGUCGGGCAUCGCCCUUGCAUUACGCCGCUCUGAAGAACAACGCUUCCGCAGCCAGGUACCUCGUCAGUCACGGAACUUUUAACGCUUCCAGCAACAAAGCUAUUGAUCUAUUAGAUGGCUACAAGAACUACCUGAAGCUAUAUGAAUUAGACUCAGAGUCUCUGCUAGAUAUAGACAUGCAGAAAACGAACACUGGCCCUCAAAGAACAGAAGCUCUUUUGAAUGAAUUAAAGAAAAAAUGGCAGUCGGACGGCAUAGAAAAAUCAGUAGCUAAAGUCCAUGUUAACUAUACAAGGGGAGAAUCACAUGUUAUAAAAGACGCUGUAUUCAACCUGGUAAAGAGUGUGCAAAAUUCAGUUGCAAAUAAAAACACGGUGUUCAGUGGGGAACUCCUAAUGCUGGGAAGUUCAGCAGACAAUGUAAGGCUUUUUUGUCCAGACGAAUUCGACUAUAACAUUGUAUUAAGCAAUUUACAUGGGUUUGGUAAUGGAGACCUACAAGUGUCAUUGCAAGAAGUGGGACUUUCUUAUACUGGCUGCAGAACAAAGAUUAAUGUAUCAUCAAACAGCCAAGGCAUUAUUCCCCUUCUUAAAGGAAGUAAUUUCUUACACACAUUUUACAAUUUGGUUAAAGAAUGCAUAACAAAUUUUGAACCUGAAGAUGAGAGAAUAGCUAUUAUUCCACCUGGGAUAAAAAAGACUCAGGUUGGGGUGGGACUCAGCCUUGCCUGGACGGGUAAGGAGUUCCCUUUACUGCUGGUGGAUGUGGAUAUCGUACCCACCAUGGAGGCUCCCUGGCCAGCAGAUCUGCCGAGGCCUCCUCUCACACCGCCUCACCUGAAGUCAGUCUACAUCAACAGCAUUGGCAACGGCGAGUGGAGGUUCUCCUUCGCAAAAGCAGAGAAUGAAAUCAUGAAGAAUCUGACUGACGACCAGCGGCAAGUGUUUCUGGCCUGUAAGAUGGUUCUUAGUUGCCUCAAAGUGGAAAAGUGGGCACCAAGAGAGAUUCAGAACAGAUUCAAGUAUUUUGAUAAAAUCUUCUCUAAAAUCCCCUCCCCAAAAGGAUUUGUCUUAAAGAACACAUUUUUCUUGGAACUGCAAGAAUUUAAAAACAACAGUUACUACUGGACGGACCACUCAAGUAAAAGGAUAAGAACAGUUUUUAAACGGAUGUGCGAAAAGGAUACUGAAGAAGCUUCGAAAAUAGAAGCUUACUUUGCUGGCGGCACACAAGCAUCAUGCCUUGGACAUGGAGCGUCAGAAGUUGUUAAAUUCUUCACUCCAAAACCUGGCUUUCAUGGACAAAUAUUCCUUCAGACAUCUUAA